AUCCCACACAUACAUUCCCCACAAGCCUUCCCUUAUGAUUUCCCAUUCUCUCCCACCUUCUAUCCCAUGCUUCAUCAAGGACAUGAUUACUGAUUUCAGUUCUUAGCUAGUCAUCUACCUAAACAGCUAGCUAGCACUCCUCGAUCGUUACGAAAAAUAAAAAAAGGUUCAAAAACUUUGUUCAGGGCCGCCUAACCAGUUCAGAAUGUCGGGGAAGAGAGUUUUCAACUCCCUAAUUCUGAAAUAUUUUAUUGUUAUCGUACUUUUAGUGCUGCAGGAAAAUUGUGGAAGCCUUGCAGGUUCUAGUUUUAUCAGAACAGAAGGAACCCAUUUCGUUCUGAACGGCAAGUCCUUGUACUUGAACGGCUUCAAUGCAUACUGGAUGAUGUACAUGGCAUCUGACCCUUCGACCAGGGCCAAGGUCUCUACUGCUUUCCAACAAGCUUCCAAGAAUGGGAUGAAUGUGGCAAGAACUUGGGCUUUCAGUGAUGGUGGUUUCAGGCCUCUCCAGUCUUCUCCUGGUUUGUAUAAUGAGGAUGUGUUCAGGGGAUUGGACUUUGUAAUCUCAGAAGCCAGAAGAUAUGGAGUGUACCUGAUACUGAGUUUGGUGAAUAACUUUGAAGAUUAUGGGGGAAGAAAGCAAUACGUACAGUGGGCAAGGGAGCGAGGUCAGCAUUUGGACAACGACGAUGACUUUUAUACAAACCCUGUCGUCAAAGGAUAUUACAGAGAUCAUGUCAAGACAGUGCUCACGAGGAAAAACUCCAUUACCGGGAUGUUGUAUAAAGACGACCCUUUCAUUUUUGCAUUGGAACUAAUGAAUGAACCUCGUUGCCAAACUGACCCCUCUGGCAGAUUUAUUCAGGAAUGGGUGACAGAAAUGGCAGCAUAUGUAAAGUCCAUUGAUGAGAAUCAUUUACUGGAAAUAGGGCUGGAAGGAUUUUAUGGGAAAACAGCAAAGCAGAUGUACAAUCCUGGGAACCAGCUUGUUGGGACUGAUUUCAUUUCCAACAAUCAGUUACACCAAGUUGAUUUUGCCACCAUUCAUCUCUACCCUGAGCAAUGGUUAGCGGGUUCAAACGAUGAGGUCCAAGCUGCUUUUGUGGAUAAAUGGAUUGAAGCGCACAUUGAAGACUCAAAAUCAGUACUGAAUAAACCACUCAUUCUGGGUGAGUUUGGCAAGUCUUCAAAACUUCCUGGGUACAGCCUAGAAAAAAGGGACCAUUAUUUUAGUAAGCUGUAUAACGCCAUCUACACCAGCGCUAAGAGUGGAGGCCCAUUUGUUGGUGGGAUUUUCUGGCAGCUCAUGACCCAAGGAAUGGAUAAUUUUAGAGAUGGGUACGAGGUUGUAUUGGAGGAAAGCCCUUCAACAGCCAGGGUGAUCGCUCUACAGUCUCGCAAUCUCUCAAUUCUCCCAUGAAAGCACAUCUUUUCUCGAUCCUGUUAAGUGUACUCCCCUAAUAUAAACAACAUAAUAUUGAAAAAGAAGAAGAACUCGAUUAAGAUCAUGA